ACCUGGGCCAGGCAGCGACGACUCGGAGCCAGCGAAGCGCCGCGGGUCCCGGGACAGUGUGCAAGUCAGGGUCCCGAGACCUCUUCCUCCGGGUUAGACUCGGAAGCUCCCCAGCAGCGUUUUCUACUGCGCCCGGAGACUCCCCCUAACAGCCCCCAGAAUAGCCGCUCAUGGAGACGCCCAUCGAGCGCGAAAUCCGCCGCAGCUGCGAACGUGAGGAAAGCCUGCGGCAGAGGCGGGGGCUGAGCCCAGGUUUUGGCGAGCUCAAACGCUUCUUCGAGGCCGAGGGUGGGUGCGACUCCUCGCCCGCAGUGCUGCGGGAGCCAGUAAGCCUGUCGCAUUUGGCCCUGCAGAGCAGGUGCCCGGUGCUGGCCCUCGCACCGCCCCCAUCGCUGCUGGAACAGGAGGUGCGGGAGGCGCAGGAGCGCGAGCGGGAGCUGCAGCGCCAGAGGCUUAGCGUCUAUGGCACCGCCGAGGUCAAGGAGCCCGCGCCGAGCCUAAUGGCGAUCAGGGGCGAUGGAAAGCUGGCGGUGAUCUGGCCUCCCCGCAGCAAGGCUUCCGAGGACGGCCUGGAGCAGGAGGAGCGGAAGCCUUGAGGUUAGAGCAGGCUGGAAUGCCCGGCCGAAAGUAACAUGCCCGUCAGAGGACCAGGACAAGAGGAGCCCACGCGUGCUCUCGGGAUAAGCAGACGUCCCGAAGAGGGACCCGCGGUCUGCGCUAGGGAAGAUGAAGCCUACCAACCCAUCCUUGAACUUCAUUUUGUGAAAUCGAUUCGUUUCUGCUACAAAACUGUUGUUUUCCAUUGGCAAAUACCACUACAACAACCUAACCAAUGAAACGGUCCAGCCCUUCUCCACCCAACCGAAAACCGAGCGAGCCUCUCCCUCCGGCCUUGACUGGAGUCACCGUCUCGGCUUCCUCAUUCCCAAUAAAGUCCCUUCUUGCUGGGCA